AUGUGUGCACUUAGAGCAACAGGGGGACUUAACUUGAUCAACAUGGCACUAUGGAAUAAGGCUGCAAUCACAAAAACAUGCUGGGAAUUGGCAAACAAGAAAGAUAAACUUUGGAUCAAAUGGAUCCAUAGCUACCACAUUAAGGAUCAAGUCUUUGCCGUCAUGGAAGCACCAAAACAGGCAUCUUGGAUGAAUCAAGCACGACCAAAAGCAAUCUUCAUAAUAUGGCUACAAAUUCAGGAAAAAUUGCUCACUGGUGACAGAUUGAAGAACUGGGGAAUACAAGUGGAAGAUACAUGCUGCUUUUGUAAUCAAGCACCAGAAACAAGGGAUUACAUCUUUGCAGAAUGUGCAUAUGGUAGAAGUCUAUGGUCCAGACUCAUGCAAUGGUUACAGGUACAACAAUCAUUUACAACAUCGUGGUCUGAAUGGCAGAACUGGAUUGUAAAGAAAACAAAUGGGCGAUCUCAGCUGGCUAGGAUACUCAAACUAGUAUUUGCAGAAUAUACAUACACAGUGUGGAUUGAGAGAAAUACAAGGAUAUUUGAGAAGAAAGCAACAACAUGGGAUGUUCUUGCAAGGAGAAUGUUAUGCAUGUGCAACAUUAGAGGUGAGGGUCUCAUGUUCUUUUAA